AUGUUGCUCAAUCGCGUAGCAUAUCUUUUAUCCUUCGGGUCACUUGCUAUUGCGGGUGCCCUUCCUCCUUCUCGCGUGAUUGCAGAGAGGCAGGCUUCCACUUCUUCUCCAGUCCCCGACGGUCAAUGUACAAAUGGCCCUCGUACUAGGAAUUGCUGGAGCGAAGGUUUCAGCAUUGCCACCGACUUCGACGCAAAGGCUCCGCCGGCUGGAAAGACUGUCACUUACAAUCUCGAAGUGACCAAUACCACCAUCAACGCUGAUGGAAAUGGAACAAAACCAGCUAUGCUUAUCAACAAUCAAUAUCCUGGGCCUACCAUUCGAGCUGCUUGGGGAGACACUGUGAUUGUUAAUGUCAAGAACUCACUACAACAUAACGGCACUGGUAUCCACUGGCACGGUCUUCGACGUAAUUGCGGCUCCCCACGUGGACGGUUGCAAUUACUUCACAUGGUUCUCAGCUCUGCACCACACCGCUCCAGCGUCAACUUGAUCGUGGAACCUCAGCUUAACACCUGUCAGCACGAUGGUGUCCCUGGAAUUACUGAAUGCCCCAUUGCUCCCGGCAAAACUCGACAGUAUAUCUUCAGAGCAACCCAGUUCGGUACUUCCUGGUACCACUCGCAUUGGAGUGCUCAAUAUGGUGAAGGUGUCCUGGGCACGAUCAUCAUCGAUGGCCCGGCUACCGCCAACUAUGAUGAAGAUCUAGGUGUUUUGCCACUUACAGAUUACUACUACAAGCCAGCAUUCGAGAUCAACGAGCAAGCCCAAUUGUCUCGCACUGGUCCCCCUGCACCCGAUAAUAUUCUCGUCAACGGCACCCACAAGAACGGAAGGGGCGGUGGAAGCUAUUCAAAGAUUGUCGUCAAGCCGAACAAGAAGUAUCGCGUGAGGCUGAUCAACACUUCCGUGGACACGACUUUCCACGUCUCUUUUGACAACCACCCAUUUACGGUCAUGACCUCUGAUUUUGUUCCAGUCAAAUCAUUUGUCGCAAGCCAGCUCACGCUCAACAUUGGUCAACGAUACGACGUUGUGAUCACGACAAACCAAACAGCAGGCAACUACUGGUUCCGUGUUGGGCUUGGAACCGACUGUGGCGACAACAACAUUCUCGACUCGGGAAUCCCUCUCGGCGCUAUUCUGCGGUACGAAGGCCAGCCCGACGUCGAUCCGAGUUCGACCGGUGUCACAUUGGCGACGCACUGCAACGAUGAAGAGGGCCUGGUUCCGUUCGUGCCCAAUUCCGUACCCGCUUCCAUUAUUCCCGGAGAGGCGGCACUCGCACUCGCCAGCAAGCAAGAUAAUAGCACGGAGAACUUGUUCCGAUGGACGAUCGAUGGGUCCUCUUUGGUCGUACCUUGGACGCAGCCAAGUUUGAAGACAACACUCGAGGGAUCGGACAACUUCCACAGGGAGGAGAACAUCUACCGCAUGCCGACGAAAGAUAAGUGGUACCUCUGGCACAUCCAACAGCGCACUCCCAUCCCACUGCCCCAUCCUAUCCAUCUCCACGGCCACGACUUCUACAUUCUAGGCAGGGGCACGGGCGAGUGGGACGGUACGACCACGGGCCUCAACUUCCAGAAUCCGACGCGCCGCGACACGGCGAUGCUUCCCUCCCGCGGGUAUCUGCUCAUGGCGUUCCCCGCAGACAACCCUGGCCUCUGGGUCAUGCAUUGCCACAUCGCGUGGCACGCUUCUCAGGGUCUCAGCGUGCAAUUCUUGGAGCGAAAAGAUGAGAUCAAGGGGGCCAUCGGAAGCACAGCAGAGUUCGACAAGGGCUGCAGGGAAUGGAACGAGUAUUGGCCUACCCGGGUGUACAACCAGACCGACUCUGGUAUCUGA